AGCGCUGCGUCGGGGCUGCGCACGCGCGGUGCAGACUCGCCCGGAAGUCAGGGUCUCGGUACUGAGCGCGAACCUGAGAAGAUGAACCCUUUAACUAAAGUGAAGCUGAUCAACGAGCUGAAUGAGCGUGAGGUCCAGCUUGGGGUGGCAGAUAAGGUGUCCUGGCACUCCGAGUACAAAGACAGCGCCUGGAUCUUCCUGGGAGGGCUUCCUUAUGAACUGACUGAAGGGGACAUCAUCUGUGUGUUCUCACAAUAUGGGGAGAUUGUUAACAUUAAUCUGGUGCGGGACAAGAAGACUGGGAAAUCCAAAGGAUUCUGUUUCCUUUGCUAUGAAGACCAGAGGAGCACAAUUCUGGCUGUUGACAAUUUUAAUGGGAUCAAGAUCAAAGGAAGAACUAUUCGAGUGGAUCAUGUGUCCAACUAUCGAGCUCCCAAGGACUCUGAAGAAAUAGAUGAUGUGUCCAAAGAACUCCAGGAGAGGGGCUGUGGGGCUCACACCCCCUCAGUGAGUUCAUCUGAAGGUUCUGAAGAUGACAAACCCACAAAAAAACACAAAAAAGACAAAAAGGAAAAAAAGAGAAGAAAGAAAGACAAAGAGAAGCCUGACCGGGAGGUACAGGCGGAGCAGCCAGCCCCCUCUUCGCCACCCAGAAACAAGAUGGUAAAGGAAAAGGAUGACCGUGGCUCUAAAAAGCAUAGCAACAAGAACUCAGAGUGGGGUCAGAAGUCAGAGCCCAGGGAGGUGCGGAAGCACCAGCCCAGCUCUCCCGAGGUCAGGGCGACCUGCCGCGGUGGAGCAGGGGACAGAGAGAGGGAGCCGAAGAAGGAGAAACCGAAGCAUGAACAUAGGUCCUCAACCAGAGAAGAAAAGAACAGAGAUAGAGACCGGGGCCGAAGCUCAGACACACACUCCAGCCGGCCCAAUGGGCGUUCUGAGGGGCGUAGUCAGCGAAGUAGAAGUAGGAGCCGAGAGAGGUCCCACAGGCCGAAGAGGGCCCGGCACUCGUGGGACCAGGAGUCCUCUAACCCCGGUGACCGCAGACACCACUGAAGCAGCGGCCUCUCUCUCUUCCUGGUAGAACUGGAACUGGAAAUGAACUUGGUCUUUAAAAUGCAAUGGUACUCAGUUAUGCUUUUACUGUUACUGUAAGUAAAAUAUCUGAGGCCGAAUUCUUCCAAUCCCUUGAGUAUUAGAGUCAUUGAGAGCUGUAGUUUUAACAGCCUCAUAGGCCUGGAUUUUUGAGCGAAAUCCAUUGUUCCUGGGAAUAUGCUCAGUACUUACCAGAGGAGGUAUCCUAAAUUUGGUUUCAUAAAUGUGGUCCUUGAAUUUA